AUGGCGGAUGACCAGAAUUUGCCGUUUGCAACACAGUUAGGAAAGUGUUUCGAAGAUUUGGAUGCUUUAUUGGUAGUGUGUGAGCGUGAGCGAAAUACAAUAUCUCGAAAUGUUAUUGAAGUAAUCAUAAACAGCUUGGAAAUGAGUAUAGAGUUUCUCUUACAAAUAAUCCCAACUUUAUAUGAGACAAGGAAUGAUGUGGUUGAAAUUGCCAUUAAUCUGCAAGUGAUUUAUCGUGAUUGGUGCCGAAAACUUAGUGAAAUGCGCUUAAGAAAUCGGCCCAACUGCACUCACUUAGCAGUUUAUUCUGUUUGCCAACCAGAAAUUACAAUGUCAGAAGGCCCUGGGAGACCAAAAUAUAAUAUUUCAGAGGACGUUUUACUGAGCCUAAAGUCACUUGGGUAUACUUGGCAAGAAAUAUCCUCCCUUCUUCUGGUCUCUAGAACGACAUUGUGGAGGCGAGUGGACGAACUAGGUAUAAGAGAUCAAAUAGGCUACUCUACAAUUUCGAAUGAAGAACUUGAUCAAAUUAUUCAUUCAUUUAUUUCUGUUCAUGGAUGUCAUGUUGGAUUUUCUAUGGUUUAUGGUCACAUUUCCUCUCUUGGAAUUAAAUUGCAGAGAGAUCGAGUAUGUGCAAGCUUAAAAAGAGUUGAUCCACAAAAUUCUCGACUAAGAUGGGCUGCUGUAAUUACAAGGCGAACCUACUCUGUUCCCGGUCCUAACAGUCUAUGGCACAUAGAUGGGCAUCACAGCCUGAUUAAUUGGGGACUUGUAAUCCAUGGAUGUAUAGACGGAUUUUCUCGCCUGAUUUGUUUUUUAAAGUGCGCAACAAACAAUAAAAAAGAAACAGUUGAUGCUUUGUUUCUUGAAGCAACUGAAAAAUAUUCUUGGCCAUCUCGGAUUCGAACUGAUUAUGGUGGUGAGAACACCUUGGUAUGGCAACGCAUGAUAGACAGACGUGGUGAAGACCGUGGGUCUGUUUUAUGUGGUAAUUCCACUGAAAAUCAAAGAAUAGAACGUUUGUGGAGACACGUAUUUCGAUGUGUCUGUAGUACCUUUUAUUACAUGUUUGUUGCCAUGGAAGAAGAGGGCAUACUUGUGCGAGACAAUGACCUUCAUCUGUUUGUUCUACAUUUUGUUUUCCUCCCAAGAAUAAAUGUUGCAAUCGAUAGUUUUGUAAAUGCCUGGAAUCGACACCCUGUGAGGACAGAGCAAAAUUGGUCACCAGAACAAAUGUGGGCAAAUGGAAUGCUGGAUAUUACAAACAGGCAUCUUUUGGCUGUGGCUGAUGUCAGAAAUGAAUGUGAACAAAGUGAAGAUUUAGCUUGGUUUGGACAUGACCCCCAUGCACCUCUUCCUCCAGAUGAUGGACUAUCGACAGUAGAGGUCAAUGAACUUGACAUUAACCUUCCAGAAGAGUUGAUUCAAACAUUGUAUUUAGAGGUAGAUCCAACUAGAGAAUCACAAACAUUUGGUGUUGAUAUAUAUCAUGAAGCCAUGGGCAUUAUUGAAAACUUUAAUUUGUAA